AUUCACCGUGUCCAGUUACGUCUGUGCUGCGUCUUUUUCGCUCUUUGGCCUCUCGUCCAAGGCAGUAAAGGUACAUAAACUUGAAAAUUCUCAUUUAUUUUGUUACUCAUUAUAAUCGCUGUUUCUUGCUAAAGGUGAUUUCUUAGCGUUUGAAAAUAGCAAGAGCAGAUGAAGUUUUAGGGUGUGGCACGUUCGCAAAGAAGAAAUUGAAUUGCGUCGAAAAUCAGUUGUGGGUUCAGUUAAUGGGUUAACAUUGAAAUAAUUAUAAAUAACUAGUUAUAAAAAAGUCGUAUUGUUUGUGUUCUUAUAAUUGACAUUGCAAUUUUUUUUAAUUUCUAUUUCUUUUAAAUAGCAGGCAUCUUUAAAGCUGGUAAAGCCGACGUGACUACAGUUUCUCCUGGGCUAUUCGCUUGCCAACAGGUCUCGUUUGCGACACCUUUCCAUGGCGGACACGAAGUUACCGUUCUUACUUCACUGGGUCGUUCUAUCAAAAGCCCUACUCGUGGUAACGGGAGCGCCAUCUGGGUGGAGUCAGUAGAUCAAAGUGGUUUCAAGGCUUGUAUUCUAGAAUACAGUGAUGGGUCCAAUAACACAGCAGAGGUGAACUGGAUAGCAACACAAUCUGCUCCAGCUGGAGGUAAAAGGGGAUCUACAUCUUUUGGCGAUUGGACAACAGGAACACAGUGCAAAAUAAUUAGUUUUCAGCAGGUAAGUGUUUUGAUUUGCAAUAUUUCCAUUUUAUAAGGGAUCAUGGCAUCAAUAUAUGAACGGUAUAGAUACCUUGAGACGGUUGUAAACAUUUCAUUGGUUCUUCGGUUCAUUCUAAAGGUUUCUUUCUUUCAAUUUUCUUUUUUUUUAUCGUAUGAGUUUCUUCUUUCAUGGCAAGCCUUACUUUUCUCUUGAGAUGAAAGAAGAAGUACAAAUUGACAAUAACUUAUCAAAUAUGUAAUCUAAAACCUUUAAAGUUUUAUGAAAAGUUUUUUGGGUUGUUUUCAGCCUUUCCUGUCACCCCCAGUCAUACUUGCAACCCCUAGUCACCAGACUCCAGAGAGACCUCAGGAUGCAAUGGCCGUGUGGAUGGAGGACUCGCGCAAGGACAGUUUCAAGAUUUGUGUCAAGGAAUCUAAAAUUUUCGAUGGAGUUCACAAAAGUAUUGAAGUUGUAAGUAAAGUAGUAGUUACGACACGGCAGCCGCCUCAAAUUAAAGGGUUAAAAUAA